AUGACUGCCGCCACAGACACCUUCAGGCCGGCCCUGAUAGUCGUUGACCUGCAAGAAGACUUUUGCCCACCGAACGGUUCCCUUGCCGUCCCCAACGGUCGCGCCGUUGCUCCCGUAAUCAACAAGCUGCUCACCUCGCCAGCCUUCGCCAUCCGCGUCGCGACCAAGGACUGGCAUCCGCAGUCGCACGUGUCUUUUGCCGUGAACCAUGUGUCCAAAGAGCCAUUUGUGGACUUCGCCACCAUCACCAACCCGCUAAACGGGACAGAGAGCUACGAGACGCGACUGUGGCCGGUGCACUGCGUUCAGGACACGCCCGGCGCGGCCUUUAUCCCGGAGCUGGACCUCGACAGGGUCGACGAGGUCCUUGAGAAAGGGACCAGGUCUGACGUGGAGAUGUACAGCGCCUUUUACCCGCCACUUAAAGACCCGCGCGUCGGCGACUCUGGGCUUGCUGGAUUGCUGAGGGAGAAGGCUAUCAGCCACGUCUACGUCGUGGGGCUGGCUGCCGACUACUGUGUCAAGAGCACGGCGCUGGAUGCGGCGGCCGAGGGAUUUGCGACGGCAAUCGUGGAGGAGGGCACCAAACCUGUUGAUCCAGGAGCCUGGCCGACCAUGAAGCAAGAGAUAGUAGCUAGUGGGGUCAAGAUCGUUGACAUGGACUCAGAGGAGAUCAAGAAGUUGUUUACAUGA